GGCUCCGGGUAAAGUUUCAGCCUCCGCACGUGACUCGGCAUGGCCGCUGCUGUCGCCCGGCGCCCCUGAGCCGAGGCCCCCCGGACGGCUCCUUUCCCGGGACCCUUCACUCCUGACUCCGAGCAGCACCAAGGCGCCGGGUUAGGGCAGACGCCGUGCCCGCGGGUACCCCGGACGAGUUGCGUCCCUCCGCUAUGAGCAUCACAGGACAUGGCCCUCCCAGAUGCCUAGACAGGGCCCAUCUAGGAGUGGCAUCCUUUCUGGUGCCCUGAACACCAGCUCUGGACCUGCCCAGAAAAGUGCCAGCUCAAGAACUGCUUGACCAAAGGACCAGCUCUUGGGACAUCCCUCAAACCAUCUGGCCCCAGCUAGGGUGGGGGCUCCAGGAGGCUGAGAUUAGCCUGCUGACCUUGGACAGCUGCUCCAGGACAAAAGGGGGGGUGGGCUGACCACACAAACCCCCUCUGGGCCCAGGACUCAUGCCCCGAGGAGGGGCAGCCUGAAGCCCGCCAGAGCCCCCCACCAGACUGUCUGCCUGCCUUUCUGACUGUGGCCGCUUGGCAUGGCCAGCAACAGCAGCUCCUGCCCGACACCUGGGGGCGGGCACCUCAAUGGGUAUCCAGUGCCCCCCUACGCCUUCUUCUUUCCCCCUAUGCUGGGUGGACUCUCCCCGCCAGGCGCUCUGACUACUCUCCAGCACCAGCUCCCAGUGAGUGGAUAUAGCACACCAUCCCCAGCCACCAUUGAGACCCAGAGCAGCAGUUCCGAAGAGAUAGUGCCCAGCCCUCCCUCGCCGCCCCCCCUCCCCCGCAUCUACAAGCCUUGCUUUGUCUGUCAAGACAAAUCCUCAGGCUACCACUAUGGGGUCAGCGCCUGUGAGGGCUGCAAGGGUUUCUUCCGCCGCAGCAUCCAGAAGAACAUGGUGUACACAUGUCACCGGGAUAAGAACUGCAUCAUCAACAAGGUGACCCGCAACCGCUGCCAGUACUGCCGGCUGCAGAAGUGCUUCGAAGUGGGCAUGUCCAAGGAGUCUGUGAGAAAUGACAGAAACAAGAAGAAGAAGGAGGUGCCCAAGCCCGAGUGCUCAGAGAGCUACACGCUGACGCCAGAGGUGGGGGAGCUCAUCGAGAAAGUGCGCAAAGCGCACCAGGAAACCUUCCCCGCCCUCUGCCAGCUGGGCAAAUACACUACGAACAACAGCUCAGAACAACGUGUCUCUCUGGACAUUGACCUCUGGGAUAAGUUCAGUGAACUCUCCACCAAGUGCAUCAUUAAGACUGUGGAGUUCGCCAAGCAACUGCCAGGCUUCACCACCCUCACCAUUGCUGACCAAAUCACCCUCCUGAAGGCUGCCUGCCUGGACAUACUGAUCUUGCGGAUCUGCACGCGGUACACACCCGAACAGGACACGAUGACCUUCUCGGACGGGCUGACCCUCAACCGGACCCAGAUGCACAACGCUGGCUUCGGCCCCCUCACCGACCUGGUCUUUGCCUUUGCCAACCAGCUGCUGCCCCUGGAGAUGGAUGAUGCUGAGACAGGGCUACUCAGUGCCAUCUGCCUCAUCUGUGGAGACCGGCAGGACCUGGAGCAGCCAGACAGGGUGGACAUGCUGCAGGAGCCACUGCUUGAGGCACUGAAAGUCUACGUGCGGAAACGUAGGCCCAGCCGCCCCCACAUGUUCCCCAAGAUGCUGAUGAAGAUCACGGACCUGCGAAGCAUUAGCGCUAAGGGGGCUGAGAGGGUGAUCACGUUGAAGAUGGAGAUCCCGGGCUCCAUGCCACCUCUCAUCCAGGAAAUGCUGGAGAACUCAGAAGGCCUGGACACUCUGAGCGGACAGCCAGGGGGCGGGGGGCGGGAAGGGGGUGGCCUAGCCCCCCCACCAGGCAGCUGUAGCCCCAGCCUAAGCCCCAGCUCCAACAGAAGCAGCCCGGCCACCCACUCCCCGUGACUGCCCGCGCCACGUGGACACAGCCCUUGCCCCGUGCCCUGGCUUCUCUGCCUUUCUACCGACCAUGUGACCCCUGCCAGCCCUGUCCCCACCUGUCCUCCCAGACAGGACUGGGAUCCUUUCCUGGAGGAUGGGAGGGAGGAGGCAGCGACUUCUUGGACAGAGGCCUGGGCCCAUGACGGACUGCCUGCUCCACAGCCUAGGCUGACGCCGGGGCAAGGCUGUGAACUGAGCGAGGACCCCAGGUCCUGGGCCUCAGAGUGGGGCUGGGGACCUCGCAUUCAUCAAGAUACCCUCUGCCCAGCUCGCCACAUCUUCAUCACCAGCAAACGCCAGGACCUGGCUCCCCCUCCUCAGAACUCACAAGCCAUUGCUCCCCAGCUGGGGAACCUCCCUGCUGCCUUGGUUGGUGACAGAGGGGGUGGGUCUGGGUGGGGGGUUCCCCCUGUACAUACCCUGCCGUACCAACCCCAGGUAUUAAUUCUCGCUGGUUUUGUUUUUAUUUUAAUUUUUUUUUUUUUUGGUUUUGAUUUUUUUUAAUAAGAAUUUUCAUUUUAAGCACAUUUAUACUGAAGGAAUUUGUGCUGUGUAUUGGGGGGAACUGGAUCCAGAGCUGGAGAGGGUGGUUCCUGGGGGAAGGGAAGGGCUCAGCAGGGGCUCCCACCCUCCCGCCACGUCCCUGUGCCCCCAGCCCUCCUCCUCAGCCUUUUUCUCCUCAGUUUUCUUUUCUCUUUAAAACUGUGAAGGACUAACUUUCCAAGGCAUGCCUUCCCCUCCUUUGUGCCGGAAAAGCAGUCAGCCCCUCCUCUGCCUGACCACUGGGCUGGGCAUGGACAGCAGCCCUACAGGGAGGGGGCUCUUCGCCUUGGCGCCUGCCUCCACCCACCACAAGAAGUGGGACGGGGCAGAGCUAGGGGCCCUCGGGACAUGCGGCCUGUGUUCCUCACCCUGUCUCAGCAGAGCUGCCUCCUCAGCAGGGCCACGUCAUCCAAGUCCCCAGCCCCCACUGCAAAGGGGCCGGCCAGGGGGUCCAAGCUGUCCCUGCCCUUAGCCUCACAGCCACCAGCACCCCCACAGGGCUCCCAGACACACACACACAAACACACACACACACACACACACACCCACGACAGUAGACAGUCGACAGACAUGGCCUGAGUUCCUCCAUUUUCCUGGCCUGCCCCCCACACCUGUGCCCCCUCCUUGCCCCGCGGGACGGGCCUAUAGGGGGAUCCCCUCCCCUCACCCCUGCACCCUGGGCUUGGGGAGCUGGCUCUGCCCUGACCUCCUUGCCCUGGGUUUGGGGUCUCAUCCCCCUGGAGCCCGCUGGUGCACCUGUUACUGUUGGACUUUCCACUGAGUUCUAC